AUGAGGGAGAGGGUAACCUUUUUUCAUCCCACGGACACUGGGGUUCUCCCAGAGAACCUUAAACGUGACAAGGGAGGGCUGGAGGCCCCCGUAUUUGAGACAACUCGAGAGGACCGCCUCACCCUUGGCCUGGACGAGCUGCCGGCCGAGGUAGCUUCUGUCCUCAAUGGCUUUUCGUCUCUGCAUGUGGCGUGGAAUAGCCCAGUGGCAUAUCGAACCCUCGAGCCGUUCGCAGCGCGGUUGUCUCCGGGACUUCAUGUCUUAUUUGACCCAGCUGUUGCCGGGACGCCUGACAAGUCCGAUUUAUGUUCUCUACUCCAAGUGUUCAGUCCUCGAGAUUGUUCAGUGGAUGAGGCCAUCUCUACAACAAUAACUGGCCCAGAGGGGUCUCCCCAACCGAAGCAAUUCUUUCAACCGCUCGAGGAACUCUCAAAUUUCGCCAAAUGGCUGAGCUCUGAAGUUUGUGGAGCUGAAGAUGAUGCCUGCCAAUCGCGGGCUCAGAGGCUUCUGUCUGCUGCGGGCCUGGACAUCACUUACGACGCAGCAUCCAAGACCGUAAAGGUGUCAGCAUUCUGGCCACUCAAGAAGCAGCCUGUCUCUGUCCCGUUUUCUCCUCAUCGAAGAACCGAGGUUGGGAUCCUGACUCUGGGGAACCCACCCAAUCUUGCCCCAGACCAUGUUGGUGUCUCUGGCAUCUUGACUACGCUUGGGGACAAGAAACAACCCUCUCCUGCCCUGUUCGCCUUUCCAGCCCGUCACAAACUGAGCGAUUCGUACUUCUCAACCGCUUUCCUGACCCCCACUGGUCUUCACCCAACCCUCCAGCUGAGUCUGAGCGGCAACCAGCCGCCCAAGGAGGAUGCUGAGUGUAAACCAUACGCCUACUUGACCCUGCCAAAGACCAUUUUCGCAGAUCGGUUCCAGCUCGACGGGGAGCUAUUCAUGGCCUCCAAGAAUCUCACCGCGCUGCGUGCAACCACUCUGCCCGUCGAUCUGGAGGCACCCGCUUACACGACGGGUGUCUGGGGCUCCAGCAUCCUCUUAGAGCUUGCGCCGCCGACCUCGGCCGCGAACCAGGCCUGGACUGCCGAGGUGCCGCUGCAUCUGCGCUACCUGAAGCCCUCCGAGACUGGGCUGGAGAGCAUCGAGGUCCCCUACCCGGCGGUGUUCUGGGCGUGCUCGGCCGAGCAGGGCCCCGAGUUCUCGCAGAACCCCUUUGAUCGCGCCCAUGUUGGGUACGAUACCUUGUUCGAGUCGGACACGGUGUUCUGGCAUGUUGAGCCGCGGCCUGAGCAGGGAGACAGGCUGGUGAAUACUAUAUCCGUGCCCGUCUUGAACGAGCACGGCUCGGCCCUGAUCGGGGUUGGCACCUCGUUGGUUGUCGCGCUGGGAUUCGGCUGGGUGCUCUGGAAGCUGUACAGCGCAGUCGCGCAGAACGGGUACCAGGCGACUUCUGAAGCCGCCGAGGAGAAGAAGAAGCGUUGA